AUGAUCCGCAUAAUAAAUUGGUGUAAACCACGGUGGCAUUUAUUAAUUGUUCUGUUAACACCAUUGGUUCUUCUUCCAAUACCACUUGUUCGUAAAUCAUCUUGUUUAAUGUGGAUUAGUAAUUCAGCAGCAACAUCAAUUAUGUUACGGGUUGCAUUAGCAAUAACUAAUGAACUUGAAAGUCAUACUAAAGGAUAUCAUGAAAAGAAAAAUGGUGCUAAAGAAGCUACAGCUGUAGUAAAUGAUUUUCUUCUAGCUGUUGUAUAUUCAGCAACAAUUGGUGGUUUAUCAAGGUUACUUGGUACAGCACCAAACAUUUUUGUUAAAGGUGUUACUGAUAGAUUACUAUAA